CCCUCCUCUUCCUCCAUAUAUAGUACUACUAAAUUCCCGUUUAAAACCCUAACUCCCUCCGCUUCCACUUUAGGUUUUCCACAAGCGGCGGCGAAUCUUUGUUCAAGGAAGAAAUGGCAGUCCCUCUGCUGUCCAAGAAGAUUGUGAAGAAGCGUGUCAAGAAGUUCAAGAGGCCUCAAAGUGAUCGCAAGAUCUCCGUCAAGGAAAACUGGCGAAGGCCCAAGGGUAUCGACUCCCGUGUUAGACGGAAGUUCAAGGGAUGCACUCUGAUGCCAAAUAUUGGUUAUGGCUCAGACAAGAAGACUCGCCACUAUCUGCCCAAUGGAUUUAAGAAGUUUGUUGUGCACAAUGUCCAAGAGCUCGAGCUUCUCAUGAUGCACAACAGGACAUACUGUGCCGAGAUAGCCCAUGAUGUUUCAACAAAGAAGAGGAAGGAAAUUGUUGAGCGCGCCGCACAGUUGGACAUUGUUGUAACCAACAAAUUGGCUAGGUUGCGCAGCCAAGAGGACGAGUAAAAGGGUUGACCCAUUUUGAAUGUUGGUUUGCUUUUUCAGUAUACAUUUAAUCUUCUAGUAAGUUUCAGAAUUUUGGAUCGGUUUUCUUUUUGUUAUUGCUUGAAUUGCAUGCUUAUGUCAAGAUUAUCAAAUGAAAUUUUAUUAUAUUUAU